GGUUACGAUUUCUGGAAUUAUAGGUGAAACGGGUUUUAUUGUUUUUUUUCGAGGAUUCUGGAUUUGGACCCUCAUUUCUGGAAUGAUAUAUGUGAGGUUUGAUGAUAGUGUCUCAUGUGACCUAGGUUGACUUCGCCAGGCCAAUAAAGCACAUACCCAUGUAGGUAUACAACGUACUUCCGAAUUAGCGGUAUUGUGUAAAGUGUACUAACCACGAUGCGAAAAUAACGCAUGUUAUGGAAAAUGUAAAUUAUCACGCCACACCCUGAGCUUUUGAUGAUCGGUUCGAAAAUUAAUAUAAUUAUUUGAUUUAAGCAUCCAGAACCGAAUUUGGGAGAAGGUGAUGUAGGUGAAAUUCAUCUAACAAUAAUCAGAAAGACUGUUGUUGUGGGCUCAUUAUUGAUACAAAUCGACUAAGUAGGAUUCACUUACCGGUUUGGAAUUAUAACCCCCGGGAAAUUGUGGGUUCGUUAGAGUGCUCCUAAUUGAUUUGUAUGGUUAUCAGGUGACCACAAAAUAAUGUGAUGUAACAGAAAUUUAUUUGAAAAUAUCCAUGUGUUGAUGAUUGAAAUUAGUUAAGGUUUCCCACGAAGUUUCACCCAAUUCACAUCCUAACGACGCUGCCAUCAAGCAUGGAUUACUGGCCGCUGUUCCUGCUAUUUAUUUUUGCUACAGGGCAACGUAAAACCGUGAAUGGACUGUUCGUAACAAACAUCGAAGUUCCGGAAAUUGUUGAUUAUCGUGUCCGAGUGAAAUUAUCCUGUAGCUACAAUAUGAGCGGGCACAAGCUCAACUCCGUGAAAUGGUACAAAGAUGGCGAGGAGUUUUUCAGAUACUCGCCAAUGACACCGCCCACAUUCUCUCAAUUUCAUGUAGCCGGCGUUACCAUUGUUCGUGAUAAUUACUUCUGCAACGAGAAAACAUGUAGCAUAGAAAUAAAGGACCUGAAGCUAUCAUCGUCAGGUGCUUACCGUUGUGAGGUUUCUGGCGACGCUCCAGCAUUCAAGCUGACCAGCCGUACGGCCAACAUGACAGUAGCUGCUUUGCCUCAACACGAACCCUUGAUAAAUGGAGUGAACAGGACAUACAGAGUGAACGAUUUCAUCGUCGCCAAUUGUUCAUCGGAUUGGUCCAGUCCUGCGGCCACACUGACGUGGUACAUAAACGAUGAAAAGGCAACGUCAGACAUGGUUCAGCCCAUGCAGGAGACAACAAUGACGACAAAUGACGGAUUCGCCGUACGACUGAGGAGUUUAGAGCUUCGAUUUGUUUUCGAUAAACAUCGAGACAUGAUGUAUUCGAGGGAUAUCCUCAAACUCAAGUGUGUGGCCGAUAUUAAUGAUAUUGGAUUUCUGCGGCGUGAGAAGGAGACGAAAUCGUACAUUAUUAGGGAUGAUAAUCUAAGAAAUUCGAAGCUGAUAACGUCGAGGAAUUCAGCCAAUGUGAAAACCUCCACAACAACGCCUGCAUUGACUCUGGCGUAUCUCGUUUUGAUGCUGACUGUCCAGGUUUGCCUGCACUCCCCAACCCGGAGUGGCGCUUCUAGGUAGUUAGUUUAAUCAAUUUUAGGUGGUAAUUUUGUCUAUAGUUUAAAAUUUAAAACUGUUUUCUACAUAACUCAUUUAAAAAGUAAAAAAAAUAAUAACCAAAUCAAAAUAAAGAAAGUUGUAUAAAGGCAGCAAUGAAAGGUACUGAAAGAUUAUUGAGAAAUUAUUUUGAAUCUGCGAGUGACUGAGA